AGUACGGAAGCGGGCGGCGCCGGGCUGGCAGGGUACGGAAGGCACAGACAGAGUAAAGUGCCGGUUGGCGGUGACUGAGGGACGGACCGCGGCGGUGGCAGCUCGGCUGUAGAAUGGUGUCACCGCGGUCUGUAGCGCACCAUGAGGAGCCGGCCGGGGGUGGGCACGAGCCUACCGGCGUCACACUGGAGUGGGAGCUCGCUCUAGAUUCCUCCGACCUGCGCUCACACGCCUGGUUCCAUGGCCGGCUGGGUAGGAUGGAAGCCGAGGAACUGCUCUUCUCCGACGGCGAUUUCUUGGUUCGGGAGAGCGCCUCCCAGCCCGGAGAGUUCGUCCUCAGCUGCCGCUGGAACGGCAACAACGUCCACUUCAUGGUCAACAAGGUGCGGAUGAACCCCGACACCAUAUACGAGACGGAGCAGUUUGUGUUGGAGGACGAGCCGUACGAGACGAUCCCGCACCUGAUCACCAGCUACGUGGGUGUGGAGCGCGCCGUGUCAGCCGCCACGGGCGCCCGGAUCCGGCGCCCUGUGAACCGAACGGCGGCCAUCGGCGGCGGUCAGACGCCGGCGCCGGCCGGCGGCCGUCUCAGCUGGCGCCGCUCGCUGACGGGCCGCUCGGGCCGGCGGGCCGACAGCGCCGAGCAGCUGUCGUCCUCGGGCGCGCCGCGGCUCUGCAGUAGUGGCUCGCUGCCGCGCCUCUCGGCCGCGCCGCUCUACCAGAAGCCGGGUCGGCUGCUGGCAGACCAGCGCUCGCCGCCGCCAAAACCGGACCGGUUCGAGGGCCGCGAGUACGCCGAGAUCCCGGACAUCCCCGAGCAGCCGGCGCCGGCGGCGGUCGGCUCCGGCUCCGGGUCCGGCUCCGACUCAGGACACGGCUCCGGGGACUCGGCGGCUGACCGCGCCGCGGGCAACCGCCCGCCGCCCGCCCCCGCCCUGGCGCCGGUCGAGCUCAGCCCGGCCUCGGCGUUCGACGUGGGCGCGUUCGAGACGAUACUGCUGCCGCUGACGCACAACGCGCCGCUGGAUCGGACGGCACUGCGUGGCGUCACCAUGGAGCUGCUGGAGACGGAGCCGGCACAGCUGGCGGCCACGCUGACCGCCUGGGACCUGCGCCUACUGCAUGGAGACGGGCGCGACCGCGGCCUGGGCGUCACCUGCGGCAUCGAGCUGCUCACCCUGCCACAGGGCCAGCAGCUGCGCAUGGACGUGCUGGAGAGAUCCGAGUGGUUCUCGGCGUUUGUUAUCGCCUCGGUCGUCUCACUAGAGGAUGACGACCAGCGUGUGAGGACCAUCAACCGGUGGAUCGAGGUAGCCAUCGAGACCAAAACGGCGCUCGGAAACCUGUACGGGUUCGCCAACGUCGUACAGGCCCUCUGUUCCUCACAGGUGCAGCGUCUGUACACCAGCUGGCACCAGGUGCGGCAGCGGUUCACCAGCUCGGCGGUGCAGUUCGACGCGCAGCUGGCCCCGUGGGUGCGCCGCGCCGCGCACACCGCCGACGAGGCGCCCAACACGUGCAUCCCGCACGUGGCGCCGCUGGCCGCGCUGCUGGAGGAGCCGCUGGCCGCUGAGCAGCCAGUCUCCGAGCAGCUGGACGCGGCGCUCCACCUGCUCUCCGAGGGCCGCCGCAUGGCGACUGAGUGCGACACCUACCGGCGCAACGCGCGCGCCGCGCUGGCCGCCCGCCCGGCGGCCGGUGACGGCGACGGCGGGCCGCGUGAUGACCUGUUCCGGACUGAGUUCCACCUGCGGCUGCUGGCCGGCAGCAAGGCGGCGACGGCGGCCGACCAGCAGCGGCGCCGCGAGGAGCUGCUGCCGCGCGUCCACAAGGUGCUGGCCGUGCUGGCCGAGCAGCGCGACCCCAGCCCCACGUAGACGGGACCCGAGCCCCCCCCCCCCCCCACAGACCAGUACACACUGCGCACUCACUGGUCCCAAAUUCGGCCCACAUUCCAACCCCACUUGACUCCGGCCCACAAGGGCUAUGCACAUAUCCCAUCACCUCUUCAGGACCGGCAUACAUUCC